AUGGAGCCCAUAACGGAACCUCAAGGCGAAAAGCGAAAACGUAGCCCGGAAAGUUCUGGAAGUCAAGGUCAUGGACGGAUAGCACAAGCCCCUCGGCUGGGCGAGAAUGCGACUCCGACCGCUGCAGCGCAGAUUAAUUACUUAGUCAAAGCGAGAAAUGAUAGGCUAAAAUUGGUUGAGGGAGACUCUGAGACGUUCGGAGACGUUUUGGGCACGUUGGAUGAGUACGAAGGUGUUCUUUCACGACGCGAAAGUCUGGCAUCCAAUCUCGGCGCGAAACUAGUCGGUCCUCUACUUCUUAAGUCAUUCGAAAAGCUUUUUGACGGCCCAAUCAAAGUCAUUCAAAGUUCCUAUGCUCUCGAACAAACGCCAAUCACAUGGUUAGAGAUUGUCUCUUUUGCCCGUAGCAAUCCAGCGGACUUCAUACUCAGUGAUACGUUACAUUGUUUGAAAGUCUGUCGAUUCUGGAUCAAUGGAGGUCAAGUCGAAAUAUCCGAAGACGAUUAUCGAUUGAUCAUGUCAGGUGCUCCGGAAAGAAUGAUCCCUAGUCAACCCAUGCCUGAAGAUGAAACCUCUGAGCUUGGCACCCUACUCAUUCUCGAGAGUCGACUUAGUAUGUUGAUCAAAAAGGCUGAUGCCGUUGCUAGUAAAGCAAGACAACUCAACUACCACAUGAAAGGAAGAAAGAAUGCUAUCAUGGCGAAGAAAUCUCCCGAUCAACCUUCCGAAUCUCCUCUCCCAUUCGCAUCCAAGCCAUUUUCUGCCAUCAAUCAAAGCCGAUCACCUGCUCCGCUCAAUGGCGAGACUGCCAAAUUGCAGCAAGACCUGUUGGAACAAUUUCAUAGCCCAAAUCGCCGUCAAUCUUUGCCAUCUCAACCAAGAUCAAAGCAGCCUCGCCCCAACAAUUCUGACCAUUCCAACUUCCAUUCCUUCAAUGGUGCACAUCCAAGUUCUGAUCAACAACGAGUAUCACAACCACCAUCUAAUUCUGAUGACGGGAUCGAAGGCCAAUAUCGGGUUUUGAUGGCUGCCAGAAUUGAGAAGUUACACAAAGGAGAUCCAAUUACACCACCAUGCGACCGAUGCAGACGAUUACGAUUCACAUGCACCAAACAUAUGACCGCUUGUGGUGCGUGCACAAAGAAGCAUGCUAAAUGUUCUUGGAAGGAUGUACAAGAUGGAGAACUUGAAGCCACGGCCUCUACUCUGACACAACGAGAUUCUCCGGCUGCUUCAGAAGAUGGAUUGUUAAUUGUCGAUAAGAAGCAUACACCAGAACGAUCAAACUUGGCAAGUACCAGCGGUGGUGUUACCACCAUUGGAGCAAGGGGGUCGAUUGGACAUGUCCCAGUUCAUACAGCACGUAUGUCGAUGCUUUCUGGUCUGGAAGCUGAAUUACGCCCUCGUAACACCACGAGUACCAACAAUCAACCAUCCACCAUCGCUGCCACCGUACAAGUCAGAUCACCGCAGUUAAAGCCAGAGCAAGGAAGAAGGGUAUCUGCUGAACAUACCUUAUUGGCACAAAUGGCUUCAGCUGCUGCUGCUAGCAACCAACAAGCGUGA